AUGCUCUACGCCUUCAGCCGCGACGGCGCAGUGCCCGGCAGCAAGCUCUGGGUCAAGGUCCACCCCACACUCCAGGUCCCAAUCAAUGCUGUUUGGGGCAUGGUCGUUGCCGCGUUCGCCAUUGGCACGCCAAUGCUAAAUAAUGUCCAGACUUUCACUGCUGUCACCAGCAUCGCCACUAUUGGCCUGUACAUAAGCUAUGCACUCCCCAUCUUCUUCAAGCUCGUCAUCGCCAAUAAGCGCGGCUGGACGCCGGGCCCCUUCAACCUCGGACGGUUCAGUGUCCCCAUCGGCAUCCUGAGCUGCCUGUGGAUCGGCUUUAUCGCCGUAAUCUUCUGCCUGCCGCCGGUGUACCCCAUCUCCAGCCUGACCUUCAACUACGCCCCCGUGGCCGUCGGCAUCGUGCUGUUCAUCUGCUUUGUGUUCUGGUGGCUGCCCUGCAUUGGAGCCAUGCAUUGGUUCCAGGGGCCCCCCCACGUGCCCGACGCGCAUGUCGAGGUGCUGGGCGAUGAGGAGUCGCCCGCCGGCCUCAAGCCCCAGCUCCCAGCCGCCAAGCCGACCGGAGGUGAUGACUCGGCGCACCGCGGGGCGGCGUACGCGCCGCCAGCACACUGA